ACAAGCUGUGGUCCAUAUUUCCACAGACUAUCAUAAAGCUAACAAUCCAAGAUCUCAAAGUCUUUGCAAACGCAAUGUCAUCGGAAACUGACGUCACACCCUUCUCAUCUCCGCCUCUGCGCCUCCGCUGGGACGUGUUCCUCAGCUUCCGCGGCGAAGACACACGCGAUACCAUCACACAAGACCUCUACUCCGCCUUAUCCGCAAGGAAUGUACGUGUUUUUAUUGACAAUGAUGGCUUGACUCAAGGAGACUCGCUUGACCCCACUCUCUUCGAGGCGAUAAAAGACUCUGCUGCUUCCAUCGCUGUGAUAUCGGUUCGGUAUGCUUCUUCGAGGUGGUGCCUGGAGGAGCUGGCGAGGAUCUGCGAGGGUGGGCGCCUCGUGCUUCCGGUUUUUUACGGCGUUGAUCCAUCGGAUGUGCGGAGACAGACCGGGCCGUUUGCCGGAGACUUUCGAAAGCAUGAGGGAAUGUAUUCGAGUGAAAUGGUGGGGAGAUGGAGGAAUGCCAUGAAAAGAGUUGGGGCUAUCUCUGGUUGGGUUCUGCAGGUGGAUCAGUUUAGAGGAAAAAAGGAGGCCGAAACUUUAGUUAACAAAAAGGCCAUUGAAACUUUAGUUAACAGAAUCUUGGCUGAGUUGCGCAACAGUCCAGAAGUGGUGGCUCCCUGUGCAGUCGGUGUAGAGCCUCGGCUGGAGACACUGUGGAAAAUGAUAGAUCUUAAGAGCACUGAGGUCCAAGUUUUGGGGUUGUUUGGCAUGGGCGGGGUUGGAAAAACAACCCUGGCAAAGGCUCUUUACAAUAAGCUUUUCGGUUAUUUUGGAUGUCGCGUUUUCAUGUCAGAUGUCAGAGAAACUUCUGACAGAAUUGGUUUAGUUGCGCUGCAAAACAUGCUUAUUCAUCAUAUUUCUAAAUCAGCAAAACCCGUAUCUGAUGAAAAGGCUGGUAGGAAAACGCUUAAAAGUGUACUACGAGAAAUGAAAGUUCUUCUUGUGCUUGAUGAUAUUGAUGAUUUAAGGCAACUAAAGGCAUUGGCUGCGAGGAGAAAGUGGUUUCAUGAAGGAAGUAUUCUUAUAAUUAGUACUAGAGAUAGAGAAGUUUUGCCUGCCUAUCUCGUAAAUAAGAGAUAUGAGGUGAGGGAAUUGGAUUCAUCUGAUUCAAUCAAACUCCUCAGUUAUCAUGCAUUAAGAAGAGAUCAGCCCACAGAAACAUUUCUGGACAAGGCCAAAGAAAUUGUGUCGCUCACUGGAGGAUUGCCUUUGGCUCUGGAAGUAUUUGGUUCUUUUUUAUUUGAUAUGCGGAAGGAGAAGGAUUGGGAAGACGCUUUGGAAAAACUUAGGCAAGCAAGUCCUCGUCGUCUUCUUGAUGUUUUAAAAUUAAGUUUUGAUGGCCUCGACAAGCAAGAGCAAUGCAUAUUCUUAGAUAUUGCAUGCUUGCUUCAAACUCUGAGAUUGACUAAAGAUGAUAUAGUCGAUAUCAUGAGGGGUUGUGGUUUUGGAGCGGAGUCUGCAAUCAAGGUCCUUAUAGCAAGAUCUCUUAUUAAGGUUGAUGUGGACAAUACUUUCUGGAUCCAUGAUCAAAUUAAAGACAUGGGAAGGCAAAUAAUCUUAAGUGAGAACCUUGUAGAUCCUGGAAUGCGUAGUAGACUCUGGGAUCAUAAUGAUGUUCAGGGCGUCUUGCUGAAUCGGAAGGGGACAAGGAAUAUCCAAGGAAUCACACUCGACUUUGACAAGAGGCAAUUUAAAAAAAACGUGGUAGUGAGUGAUCUGUCAAUUGCGUGGUACAACCUUCAGAAUAGCCCUGGUGUGGUCUCUAAACUAAGAUAUUUUUUGGAGGUGUUUAAGACCUACUAUGAACAUGAUGGAGGAAUGGUGUUCUUUACGAAGUCAUUUGAACCGAUGAUUAACCUGCGGCUGCUUUACAUAAGUAAUUCAACGCUAAAAGGAAGUUUUAAGCAUUUUCCUGCUGAGCUGAAAUGGCUGCAAUGGAGAAAAUGUCCUCUAGAUUAUCUUCCGUCUUUCUAUCCUCGAGAGCUCACUGUCCUUGAUCUUGCUGAAAGCAAACUAAAAAACCUCUGGGGUCAGCAGAGGUGGUCCUGGUACAAUAAAAAGGUGGAAGGAAAGUUAAUGGUUUUGAAUCUCGACAGCUGUUGUUAUUUAACUGCUGUUCCGGAUUUAUCAGGCCAUCCUAACUUAGAAAAACUUAUUCUUGAGGGUUGUAUUGAAUUGACUAGGGUUCAUGAAUCAGUUGGGGAUCUGAAGAAAUUACUUUAUUUAAAUAUGAGACGAUGUGAAAACCUAGUUGAACUUCCAAGAGAAGUGUCUGGGCUGAAAUGUUUGAAGACUCUUGUGCUUUCUAAAUGCUCCAAACUAAAAGAACUACCACAAGACUUGGGCAACAUGACUUCUUUGGUUGAACUGCUCCUUGAUCGAACUGCCAUAGAGAAGUUGCCAGAAUCCAUAUUCCGCCUCACAAAACUUGAAAUUCUUAGCAUGAUGGACUGCCGGUCAUUAAAACAAUUGCCCUUUUGCAUUGGGAAGCUGGUGUCUUUAAGGAAACUUUUGCUAAAUGAUUCCUCAGUAGAGUAUUUACCUGAUUCUGUCAAAACUCUGGGAAAUCUUGAGGAAUUAAGCUUGAUGCGGUGUAAAUCACUUACUGCUAUUCCGGAUUCUGUUGGAGACCUCAAAUCCUUAAGCAACUUUUGGCUUAAUGGUUGCUCACUAACAGAGAUGCCAGAUUGCAUUGGCUCAUUGUAUUAUCUAAGGGUCUUAUCGGUUAGUGAUUGUCAUAAUCUUAAUGCAGUGCCUAUUUCUAUCGGAAAGUUAGCUUCUAUUACUGAGCUUCAGUUAGAUAAGACAUCAAUAGUGGAUCUUCCAGAUGAGAUUGGUUCCUUGAAAUCACUCCAGAAACUUGAGAUGAGGUACUGCAAAUCUCUUAAAAGCCUACCGGAAACAUUAGGUGAAUUAUUGAGUCUUCAGACACUGAUCAUCGUAGAUGCUGCCAUAGAAAAGUUGCCAGAAAAAUUUGGGCAACUAGAAAAUCUCAUCACGCUGAGGCUAAACAACUGCAAGCUCCUCCGCUCACUUCCCUCUUCAUUCGGAAAUUUGAAGUCUCUGUGUCACCUUCACAUGGUACAUAAUGAGUUGAGAAGCUUGCCAGAAACCUUUGGGAUGCUCUCUAGUUUAAUGGUACUGGAAAUGGGCAAGAAAAUGUGGGCUGAAGCACCUUUGGAUUACCAAGAGCCUGCGGUUAUUGCACUGCCAUUGAAUUUCUCUAAUCUUUCUAUGCUGAAGGAGUUUAAUGCUUGUGCAUGGAAGAUCACGGAGGAUAUACCUAAUGAUUUUGAAAAAUUGAGUCUACUGAAAGAACUGAAGUUGGGGCAUAAUGACUUUUGUCAUCUUCCAUCAAGUUUAAGAGAACUUCACUUUCUUGAAAAGCUUGAUCUUGCUCACUGCAAAAGGCUAAGAGUUCUUCCACCGUUACCCUCAAGCUUGACAGAGUUAAAUGCUGCAAACUGUAUAGCGCUGGAAACUAUAUCCGACUUGUCAGAGCUGGAACAUCUAGAAGAGCUGCACCUUUCGAACUGUGAGAAGUUAGUCGACAUCCCAGGAUUUGAAUGCUUGAAGUCCUUGACAAGGUUGCACAUGUGUGGUUGCCGUUUAUCCUCUCUGGCAGUAAAAGAAAAACUUAACAAGACUGAAGUGAGGAACUUCAGGAAUCUAAGUAUGCCAGGCAGCAAUCUCCCACAAUGGCUAACGCAAAAAGUGGUCCGUUUUUCAGAGCACAAAAACUUGGUGAUCAGGGGUAUCAUUAUAGGAAUAGUUGUCUCGGUUGAUCAAGAUGAACAGAAUGAUACAAGAGAUCAAUUUCCCGUGUUGUAUGGUAUUAAGGCAAGAAUCCUUAGAACAAACAUGCCUGUGUUCACAACAGCAAUGAAGCUUGAAAUUCCAAAAACACACGAAGAUCAAAUUUACUUGUGCAGAUAUACACAUCACACUCCCUUAGUUUCUCUUCUAGAAGAUGGCGAUGUAGUAGAGGUAUUCGUGACUGAAGGGCCUUACCUCAAGGGCGUUACAGUGAAGAAAAGUGGCAUCUAUCUUAUCUUUGAAAAUGAUGAUGACUACGACGAAGAUGAAGGAUCACUAGACGAAGCUCAACUUUCUGUAUCAGAGAAAAUAACAAAGUUUAUCCACUCUUCUGAGCUAGACAAUGCCACGAACUCCAGUAGUGAAGCACAGAAAAUAAUGCAGGAGACAUCUAGCCAUAGAAAUAUGAUUUUCGGUAUCUUUCUUCUUUCUUGUUUUAUGGUGUUGAUAAGUUGGCUGGUGCUGCCUUGGUCACUUGAGGACGCUUUGGUUUAAGAGGCUUAUGAAAUGUCUGAAGUGACGACGAAUUAGAGGUCUGAUAAUUCUUUAUGUAUCUGCAAGAUUCUGGUUUUGGCGGGAUUUUCCAAAAAGACAUGAUCCUUUUUAUCAUGAUCCUGCAAUUGAGUUCUACUCCAAAGACAUUAUUAUGUUGUUUCUUGCUUUCUCCGUACAUGUACAGGAGAGAAUGCAAGAGAAGGGACGGAGAGAAGACACAGAAUCUAGCCAUUGAAUUACGAUUUUCGUUAUGUUCUUUCUUGUUCAUUGUAUUGUGAAUUGGCUAGCUAGUCUUAAAUUUCGCCUUUGGUUCAUUGUGUUGUGAAUUGGCUGGUCUUAGAUUUCACCACUAAAAGGCUUCUGGUUUGAGAGGUU